CAUUGAAUUGAAGAAGACGUGCGCGCGCACAGACAAAGAAGAAAAGAAGAGAAAAAGAAGGAUGAAAUUCAUUCAAGACAAAUGAGACAGUUACGUCAGCGGCACGAGAGGGGCGCGUGCACUCAGGGUUUGUUUUAAUUGUUUGUUUUUUUUUAAUGAUCGAUUGGAUUACAAAAAAGUUGUUGGCCUUGAUUUUUUUUUAAAAUGCACCUUGUGGGAAUAGCUUUCUUACUGGCAUACCUGCUUCACACUGACUUGAGUUACUGCGAAUAUUCUGAUGAUGAUGAAGAGGAGCACAUGGAUGAGGCGGACUCUCCUUCAUUACCAGACAUGGAACAGAGGUUGCGCUCAGCAUCCAGUGUUGAUGAACUGAUGCGUCUCAUCUACCCUUUAUACUGGGCUGCUCUGAAGUGUAGAUCUAAACUACCAUUUGCUGCUAUGUCCAAACUGUCUCAGCGCCUGAGCCCAUUAGCAGAAACGGAUGAGACAACCUUUGCCGCUGCCUACCUCAACUUGGAUGUUCUCAAAAGUAUAGAGUCAGAGUGGAGAAAAACCCAGUGCAUACCCAGGGAAGUGUGUGUCGACGUGGGCAGGGAGUUUGGUGCACCCACCAACAUCUUCUAUAAACCACCAUGUGUGUCCGUCUACAGAUGUGGAGGAUGCUGCCACUCAGAGGACAAACAAUGCAGGAAUAUCUCCACUGGUUAUGUCAGCAAAUCUAUUUUUGAGAUCACAGUACCUGUCACCCAAGGCACCAAGCCUGUAACGAUCAGUGUGGCCAAUCACACGCAGUGCAGGUGUUUGUCCAAACUUGACACGUACAAACAAGUCCACAGCAUCAUCAGGAGAUCCUUUCCUGAGUGCCCAAUAGUCAAUCAGGCAUGUGCCCAAGAUCAAGAUUGGAGCAGCAGACAGUGUCGAUGUGUCAACAUCGCAACCAAUCCUUCCCCAUCAUUGUCCCUUCUGAGAUCACCCCAAGAACUCGACAUAUUCCCAGCUGAUGUGUGUGGCCCGCAUAAGGAAUUGCAUUUGGAAACCUGUCAGUGUGUAUGUCAGCACACAGAUCCGUCUCCAGACUGCGGUGCUCAUCGCCACUUUGACCACAGUACUUGCCAGUGUCUGUGCAACACUCCGCCGACCCACUCAUGCCCUCAGAACCACAUAUACAACAAGGACACCUGCCAGUGCACAUGCAGCAGGACUUGUCCAAAGCACCAGCCACUCAACAAAACAAAGUGUUCCUGCGAAUGUAACGAGUCACCCAAUAAGUGUUUUCUAAAAGGGCGGAGGUUUCAUCAUGCUACGUGCAGUUGUCUCAGGCCUCCAUGUGAAGUCAGGAGACGAAGGUGUGAAGCAGGCUUUUUCUUCAGUGAAGAAGUGUGCCGCUGUGUGCCGUCCCACUGGAGACGACUCGACUAACCACCACAUUCUAGAACACUUAAAGCUGCCGACGAGCAGUUCAAUGGAACACAGACCAUGUCCCCAUGUCCUAUUGACCCAUUGGCCCUGAUUGGACAUCUCCAUGGACUGCAAUGGCAGCUCUUGACUUGGAUGAAAGUGAGUAAGAACCCGGCCACACCGCAGCGUAUUCGACUUUUAUGUUACUUUUGUGAAUCGGUGACAUCACAACCCCCGCCUCUCUGUUUUCUGGAGUUGAUGUUGACGACCAGACGACACUACCGAGGGCUUGCUUUCAAGCUGCGUAAAUUCAUGAUUUUAUUGGGACUUCUACAACAGACUCUUUAGCUUUUACUGCGAGUGUAGCAAGGAAGCUAACUAGGCAUGCCGCCACAGCCAUUGUCCGUAACUAAGACAAGCCUGGCUUUCAAAAACAAACAAGUUUUUCUCCCGUUUUUAUAAUCUUUAUGACAUUAAGAUGGCUAUCAAUACAAAAAAAAUGGCUGCCCUCAACUUAACUUAUAUUUAAUUAUAUUAUCUUUAUUUAUUUGUAAUACAAUAGGCAGCAUUUUUUAUAUUACAAUCAAAAUACUUCAUAAAUUGAGUAUAACAGUCAAUCGCCCUCGCUCUGGAGCACUAUGCAAGAUUUCAGCCAGUGGGGUAAGGAUGAUUGUGAGGAAAAAUGAGGGACCAGCCCAGAAUCGCAAGUGAGGAGAUGAUUAAUGAUGUCAAGGGAGUUGGGAGCACAGUCACCAAGAAAAGCAUUAGCAUUUUGAAAAUGAUUACCCUGGCUGGAGUCUUCCAAAAGCUCAGUUUUAAGGACAAAAUAAAUCAUAAUUAAGGAGAAAAAUACAGUAUGCCUUUAGAAUAUACCUGUGGACAUAGCCUCUCUUCAGUCUUCUUCUCUGGUUUUUUUUUUUGUUUUGUUUUUUCGAGUGGAGAGGGUUGUAUCCUGAUACAACCCCAUGUAGACCGAUAUUUACUAAAAUGGUAAAGAAAGAAAUCUUUUUUGUUUGGGUGUGGACGAGGCUUUCAUGUUUGAAGUGUCUUAUGGUAAACUCUAGACCAGGGGUCACCAACGCGGUGCCCGCGGGCACCAGGUAGCCCCCCACGACCACAUGAGGCGCCCGCAGGCCUGCUUUUCAUUCAGGUUUUCAGUUAAUAAUGUGAGAACACUAGAAAGAAAAGUAUUCUGAAACAUAAAAUGUGAGUUGUGGAUACCAGCAUUUUGUGAAUGUUUUGGUAAAACAAGCAUAUUUGAUUUGUUUGGGUUGAAAUAGGGGUAGGAAAAUCAUUUCGUGGCCAUUUUCAUUUUCUAAAAGUAGCUCUCACAAGAAAAAAUGUUGGUGACCCCUGCUCUAGACCCAAUACUCAAGAAUGAACUGACCUUAGAGAUACAUUUAAACAACACUGCAAACAAUCAGAAGAAUGGAAAUGAAGAUUGAAGAAGAAAGUCACACGAACCUCCGACAAUUAUUUGAUCAAAAUUACUACACGCUGUGAUGAAUUCAUAUUUUUGCGUGAUUAAAAACUUAUUGUAAAAUACUUUUUCUCUUUUUUGCUGUGCCUUUUUUGUCUUAGUUAUUAUCAGCGGUGCUCAGUCUGAAAGGAAUAAACUUCUGUCAAAGCUGAUUGGAAGUGGUACACAAAUGUCUGAGGGGUUGGGGUGGUCACGUCAGGGGUUUGGAGUUAGGUCAGGGGUGUCCAAACUUUUUCCACCAUGGGCAACAUACUGAAAAAUGCAAGGCAAGGGCCACUUUGAUAUUUUGUAAACCAACCCAAGUAUGAAUAAAUUAUAUACUGUAGAAAAAACUGCACCGCAGCUUUGUGAUAUAAAUAAAAGAGCAUAUUAUUACUUUUUCGGUCUUUGCUCUUUUUUUCCCCAUUUUUGCUGUUGUUUUUAUCAUUUUCCCAAUAUUUUCUUUGGAAAUUUUCAUUUCGUAAUAUGACUUUAUUCCCAUAAUAUUUUGACUUUAUUCCCACAAUAUCAUAACUCUUUUCCUAGCCUCAUUUUCCAAAAAUUACAACCGUAUUUUGUUCUGUUUGGUU